AUGCCCAAGGAUCGAAGAUCUUCAUCUCUCGAUAGGUUUAGGGCAUCACCAUAUCCACCUUGCUACAAGAAAACUGAUAAAACAAAAUCCAAAUCCCCCUCUCCACCAAUUGGAAAUGAGAAAGAAUGGGAAGAAGCUAGAUGCCCUAUUUGCAUAGAUCACCCCCACAAUGCAGUCCUUCUUCUUUGUUCUUCUCAUGAAAAAGGAUGUCGCCCAUACAUGUGUGACACAAGCUCACGCCACUCAAACUGCUUUGACCAAUUUCGAAAGUCAACCAUGAACAUGAACCCUAAUUCCUUACAACAACAACAAACAAAGCUUGUUUGCCCUCUAUGCAGAGGUCAAAUCAAUGGAUGGAUUGUAGUUGACCCUGCACGCCAUUUCAUGAACAAGAAAACAAGAACUUGUUCAUCAGGAACCUGUGAUUUCACUGGAAACUAUUCAGAAUUGAGGAAACACGCGAGGCGUGAUCACCCGUGUGUGCGACCCACAGAAGUGGACCCUGAUAAGGAACUUGAGUGGAGGAUUUUAAGGGAAGAUAUGGAACAUCAAGACAUUUUCAAUAUGCAAUUUGAGUUUGAUGAUAAUGAAGAGCCAAUUGAUCAAGUUUUAGAAGGUUUGAGUGAACUCGCGAGUCCAAUGUGGGAUAUUGAUUUGGAUUUUAUGAGCUUCUUGACUAAUUUUGAAACAGAAUUUGAUAAUAUUUUUCCUGAAGUUGAUGGGAGUAUGAUGAUGGAUGAUUGGGAGAAUAUGUUUGGGUUUUUAGCUUCUUCACAUGAGCCAGAGAUUAGGUCAAGAGGAGGAGGUCAAAACAGGUCAAGGGAGAUUGGUUUGACUACUACUAGAAGAAGAAGCAUUAGAAGUGGAAGACAAAGGGCAAAUCGGUCAAAUCAAAGUUCGGAUACUCAACAGACUCGGAUGAUGACUCCUUGGGUUGAUUUUCUUGACAUUGACUCAAAUCUUCCUUAA